CAGUUCAUCCUACGAGCCGAAGGACCGUGAAUAUUUCUGAGCACCAUCUAGCAUGUGUAGGAUCUGUGGACGUUGUUUUCAGGCAGUCUGUGCAUGCUGCUGUCAGAAAAAUGGCAGCAAGACAGAGAUGCAGUUCAUCUUUCGUCCAGUGAGAGUAAUAGAGAAACCUGCAAUGGCCAGUACCCCCAGUACAGUACCAGCAGAUAUUAAGGAGGGCGAGUCAUUGAGAGGCACAAACAUUGACAAUAUAUCCUGCAAUAUAAACACAAUAAGAAAUGUGUCUAUUCAAAUUACCAAUUUCACAGACAGGUACACCUUAUCAAACCCAAGGACCUACACUAGCAGUGGAUAUUGUCUGAGUCCCCCUCAGCCUACAAUCGCAAAAAAGACCACUGAAGCCUGCUCCUUUACCAAAACACAAUUUGGAGUACGUGGUUGUGUUGGAGUCCUGGCAUACCAAAUCCUCAACGAUGAACAGCACUUUGUCGGUGAACUUGCCAUAAUGUUCUCUGUGCCUUUUGACUACAGUCUGUAUGAAAACUAUUUAGGCCUGGGUAUUUAUGAAAAACAAGUUUCAUGUAAUUAUGAACUGUUUUCUGAAAUGUAUUAUAGAGAGGGUACAUUCACCAGGGCCAUGGCUACAGGGAGUGAAGUCAAGUACACUGGACAAGAAAUUUGUGUGAAGGGAACAAUGUCCCCUGUCGGCCAUGCGAUAAUAAAGAUUGAAUUUCGAGAUUUGUAAUCACCAAAACUAAACAGACACAAGCAAAACCCUGCAGAUUCAAUAUCAGGGGGUCAGUCAAGGAUGAUUGAAUUGUAAAAUGUUGACUAUGAAUAAACUAAAUGAUGGUAUGUCUACGAACUAAUAAACUCAUACAAGUAACUCAGUAAUUUUUCUAUUUAAGAGCAUGCAUGUUUGCUGUCAGUGCAUUUAUUUCUAUUUUAUUGUAUAUUACAUCACUCUCAGUGCAAUGUAUUUGUCAGUUGUCAAAAUGUACUGCAAAAAUGCAAAACAAAGCAGAUUCAAGAUCAGGGGGUCAGUCAAGGAUGAUUGAACUGUAAAAAGUUGAAUAUGAAUAACCUAAAUGAUAAUAUGUCUAUGAACUAAUACACUACUACUAAGACAAUACUACAACUACAGUCAUUUCUCAAUAUAUGAAAAACAUAAUA